UUUAUCUUGAAGUCGUGUCUGCAGCACAUGCUUCAUGAAAAAGAGGUACAUUGAUUUAAUUAUUUCUACUCGCUGAAAUGAAAAGUAAAGAUUUUGUUAUCUUUUUUUAAGAGACAUCAUAGAUAAGAAAUUUGUGUCAAACGAAGCGAUGGCGAUUGGAAACCAUGUUGUUCCCGAAUUUACGAUCAUUAUAAUUCAGAAUGAUGUUAACUUCAACAUCUUUAUCCUUGCUACUUAGUAGACAUCCCGUAAUUCUGAAAAAAUUCGAUAUGCUUUAGAUGACAUCUUAACCUAGUGCAGUCUCAAAGAAAGAACUCAAAAUGCGCUUCAACAUCACUUUGAAAUUGAUCGCUUAAUCACUUUUAAGAUCGCUAUGCCACUCAAUAAUUGUUCUCGAGAAAUUGAAAUAUUUUUGAUUUCUUAUAUAUAGUUCCAGACAAUGUUCGAAAAGGAUAUAUCUAUAUUCAUCAACAGUUGGA